AUGUGGAACUCUGCUACAAAUUCUUCGGUCCAAGCGAAUGCCAGUACUUCUAAGACCGACACAUCUAACGACACAGGAACAGAGUCGCUUACUUGGAUUUCGUGGUUCUGUUCACUUUCUGGACAUGAAUACUUUGCAGAGGUUGCUGAAGAAUUUAUAGAAGAUGAUUUUAAUCUAACUGGUUUAAAUUCUAUGGUUCCAUUCUAUAAGGAAGCCCUCGAAAUGAUUUUGGACGUCGAGUCCGAAGAAGAAACUUUGAAAGUUCCAGAUGUAUCAAUUGUUGAAACUUCAGCUGAAUUGCUCUAUGGCCUUAUACAUCAACGCUAUAUUAUUACACGUCUAGGUUUACAACAAAUGGUGGAUAAAUAUGAAUCAAGACAUUUUGGUUGUUGCCCUCGGGUGUAUUGUCAAUCAUGCCCCGUCAUUCCCUGUGGUCGAAGCGACUUACCUGGGUUAGAAACUGUAAAGUUGUUUUGUCCAAAUUGUCUCGAUUUAUAUACUCCACCUAGUUCAAGAUUUCACAAUGUUGAUGGAGCUUUCUUUGGCACAACGUUCCCUCAUCUUCUUUUCCAGCAAUAUCCUGAUCUACUUCCUUCUAAUAUACAAACGAAAAUAUAUGAACCAAAAAUUUUUGGAUUCAAAGUUAAUGAAAAAAGUCGUAGUGGACCUAGGAUGCAAUGGUUAAGGAUGCGUCCAGGUGCAAUUGAUAAUGACGUUGAUGGCCAAGAUCAAUCAGAAAGUGGGGGCGGAAAUGAAGAUGGCGAAGAUGAUGAACCUUUAUUGGGUCCUGGAGAUGGAGAAAAUAAUGGAUCUCCAGGAACCACUCGAAGAACUGAAUAUGGUUCUCCGGUACUUGGUAUGGAAUUAGGUUUUGGUAGUAGCAAAGGUGGAUCAAAACAAGUUAUGAGUGGGGAAAUAGAUAAGCAAGAAAAGCCUUUAACUCAAAAGUUGCUAAUUCUUGCUAGAGACCAAACCACACGAGAAGUAAUACGUCUAAAAGAAUCUACGAUGACAGUACAAGGGAGUUUUGGAAAGUCUCCGUUAACGAAGUUUAUACCUUUUCUAAGCUCUCCAGCCGUCGUAACCACCACCACUCUAAACCAAUCUUCCAUGUCUAUAACAAAUGAAUCUUCACCUGUCGAACCACCACCAUUUUUAGUUUCAUCAUCACUGCCUAAGAAUGAAAAAUUAAAAGCAUUAUUUUCAGAUGAUUUUGAAAUUAAAGGUAGAGGAGCAGUAGAAUUAGUUGGGAUGGGAUUAAUGAGUGUAAAAGAAAUGGGAAAAGACUUUUUUGAUAAAUGGACAGGAGUAAAUAAUAAUGAAUUAUUUUGA